ACAAUCGGCUCAGCUGUUUAUUUUUGUUGAGUCCGUUUUGCAUUGUUUAAUUAAUUAGAUAUUUUGUUAUUAUUUCCGGCAAUAACUCACCAUAAUAUAAUCCAGUGGUUUCCUUAUGAGUGAUAGUGUAUAAAUAAUGGUCUGAUACGGUGUUACAAAGUGUAUGAGAAGGCUCGAAUAAAGCGCGGGAACUUGUUAAAUCUGGAUUGAGUGUGUUACUUGAAUAUGUCUGCAAACAUUGAGAUUUCCGACGAUGAUGACAGUUUUAAUGAUCCAGGGAUGUCUGAAAUAAUGCUAAAUAACUUUAAUGAGGAUGUAGUAUCAAUUAGUAGUGAUGAAGAAGCACAAAUGUCAGCUAUGGACGGAGUGGACGAAAUACCAGACAUUCCCGUUAUAUCGGACGAUGAUGAGCUCCCAGAAGUGAUUGAAAAGAAGAACAAAGCAAUAAAAUCAUUAUUCCAGUCGAAAAGACCCAAAGCUAAUAGGAUAGCCAAGAAGGUUGAACAAAACAGGUCCAAUAUCACGAGUUAUUUUGCUCCCAAACCAGUUGUUAAAGAGAGGAGGGUAUCACCUGUAGAAGGACCUAAAGUGGUCUUUAAUAGAAUGAUAGAAGGUGUGAAUGUUAAGUUACCGGUCAAUCCAUAUGGCAGCCAGGUGGCUUUGAUGUCCAAGAUAAUAACUGCCAUCAAGAAGGGAGAGAACUGUAUACUGGAGAGCCCGACAGGAUCUGGCAAGACCCUGGCGCUGCUGUGCGGAGCUCUGGCUUGGCAGCAACAUGAACAAAACCGUCUAAGCCAGCUCCAAGCGCAGCAGUACUUCGCCCAGCACCCAGCAAUAAAGAAGGAUGGAGUCGCCGACUACAUCAGCACUCCAGUACACCAGAAGACUGACGUCACCCCGGAGAAACUCUUCACCAAGAAUAACUUUGGAGAGAAAAGUAUAUACUACAAGCCAGAGAAUGGUGAGACCUCCAGCACUCGGCAGGAGAAAACUCCAUACAGAGAGAACGAAGAUGAAACUACAAACCUCGUGAACAUUCACAAGCGGCGUCGCCUGGGUUCCGCUGAAUUCGAAGAUGACGUCACAACCCCAAUCCCAUCGACUCCUGAAAAAAUGAUCCAAGUUGAUAAACCUGAAACACCGGAGAGCGUAAGAAACCUUUACGGAUUGGUGGAGAAUCUCCGUGUCUGCACAUCAAUGAUUGUUGCUUCCAGCCUCCCUACGAUAUACUAUGGCGCCCGGACCCACUCGCAGUUGAAGCAGGUUAUAAAGGAGUUCCGACGGACAUCGUACUGUGGAGAGAUGAAGAUGACUCUCCUGUCCAGUAGAGACAAGUCGUGUAUCAAGGAGUUGGACAGAAGGACGUGGAGCUCCAAGAAUGAUAUGUGUAGAGCUUGUAUUAAGCCGCAAUCCGGCUCGAGGCGAGACAACACGAACUGCAAGUACUACGACAACCGGACAGCAUUCACUCACAACACACUCCCAGAUGCCUUUGAUCUUGAAGACCUGGUGGAGAUCGGCGUGGAGAGAGAAGCUUGUCCUUACUACGGAGCCAGGGCUCUGGCCAAGACUGCCCAUAUUGUGUUCUGCCCAUAUAACUACUUGAUUGAUCCCAGCAUCAGGAGUAGUCUCUCAAUAAGCCUGGAAAAGAACAUAGUGAUAAUAGACGAGGCUCACAACAUCGAGGGCAUCUGUCGCGACGUCGCGACCGUCAGCAUCACGCAGCAGCAGAUCAGGACCUCUCUCAAAGAACUGGAGACUGUGAUGACAUAUACAGUUUCCAACCAAGAUGUGAUGCAUUUUAUAGAAUGUCUAGUGCGGAAUCUCAGAGACUGGAAUGAUUGGUUCGAGCAUCAGAUGCCGUUAGUAAAACAACAGCCUGUACAAAACAACGAGGCGGUACAUCUGUGGGAGGCUCGCAACUUUGUGAACACCCUCAAUAAUCACAACAUUGGAAGCGUACAUUAUAGCGAAUUCAAGCGCAACUCUUCAAGCUUCUGCCGCCGUUUGCGUGAGGACCCGCGGACUCUGUACGGCGUCACGCAGGCCACAGGAACACUAUUAGAGUCACUGGAUAUGGCACUAGGGUUCAUGUUCCGCGGCGAGUGCCAGUACCUGGACGACUACAAGCCGGCGCUGGUGCGACACGUCACCGGCAGAACCAACACGCUCUCUGACCAAGUCUCUUGGAGGUCUUCCAAUUUUAACGAUUGGAUAGCAAAAGACGAGCUGAUCCUGAACCUGUUGUGCAUGAACCCUGGCAUCGUGAUGGAGGAGCUGCAGUCAGCCCGCUGCAUAGCCCUGGCCUCCGGGACCCUCACCCCCCUCAGCAGCCUGCACUCCGAGCUGGCCACCAGCUUCCCGCACUGCGUCAGCCCCAACCAUGUCAUACCGGCUGACAGGGUGUGGGUGGGGUCCCUGCACGGCUCGGCCAGCGGCCCCCAGGCGUACAGCAGCGCGGGGCUGCGCGGGGCCGCGGGGCCGCGCGCGCUCGGGGCCGCGCUGCUGCGGGUGGCCGCGCUUACGCCGCACGGCCUGCUCUGCUUCCUGCCCUCCUACUCGCUGCUCGACAGGCUGCUCAAGGAUUGGCAAGAGACAGGGUUGUGGGACAAACUAACACAACUCAAGAACGUAUUCUAUGAGAAGAGGAGGGAUUCUGAACACAUCGAGACUAUGGAGUCUUUCUACCGUACCGUUGGCACUGAUAAGGGCGCCCUGUUGUUCGCGGUGUACCGCGGCAAGGUAUCUGAAGGCAUGGACUUCAAGGACCAUCAGGCGAGGGCUGUAGUAUGUGUGGGUAUACCAUACCCGAACACAUUCGACCCCGCUGUGGACUCCAAAAUGAAGUACAAUGAUAAGUAUGUGUCGGGCAGACAGCUUCUGUCUGGCAAAGAGUGGCUGAGGGUGCAGGCUUAUAGGGCUCUGAACCAGGCGGUGGGUCGCUGUGUCCGACACCGCGGCGACUGGGGCGCAGUGCUGCUGGUGGACUCGCGCUACAGCCAGGACUACUACACGGAACAUCUGUCCAAAUGGGUCAAGAGAUUUUUGGGCAACAACCACCACACGUACGAAACUCUAAUAGGCAAAAACAACCACAACAGCUUAGAAUCCUUCAUGGAAAGAAUGAAGAUCGUACAAGAAGAAGAAAGCCUCAAUGCUUAAGAAUCAAGACUGACCCAGAAAUAGAAAGAAGGAAAUCCACUGAAAGAAGUAAAGCAGCAAAAGUAAAACGUAUGUGAAAAAUACUUAGCUAAAUGUAGUUCUUCGAUGUCUUUCUCUCUCUAUAUUUCUCUUGGCAAUGAAAAGGACAGCAUGAUAUCUUACGCGAGAUUUUAAUAUGCGUUGUACUUAAAAAUAAACGGGCGAAUAACUGCUGUUACUAAAAAGAUGAUCUAUAGAAUCUCAUGUCAAGUAAUUAUGAUUGUGAAUGACUCAAGUCUACCACCAAAUCUCAGAGCUGAAAGAAGUUCAGUGAAUGUUCUCUUUCACAUUUGCCGCUAGAUGGCGUUGGAUGAAUAUAAUUUUUAGGCGAACUGUGUUGACCAUUGUCUAGAUAUUCCAAGUUUUUUAUUUCUAUGUCUUGUGAUUGUCUUUGCUCAGUAAUUUAGUUACAUGUAUAAUUAGAGUUGUUUUUCGACUGCUAAGUCCUUAAUCAUAAGCUGAUCGACACUAACGGCCGCUUUCUAUAUUCGAUCUC